GUUCAAGUCCCUGCAGAAACCUCUGGACCGGCGCCGAGCCCAGCUGGAGGCGUCGGUGCUGCUCUUUGGUUUCUAUCAUGACGUGGACCUGGAGCUCAGCUGGAUCUCUGAACACAUUCCCGCCUCUGGAUCUACAGGAUACGACCGGUCUCUGGCCGGAGCCCUCAGCCUCCUGCAAAAACACAAGGAGCUGCAGGCGGAGGUGGUCGCCCACCGAAAACACAUGAACCACGUCCUGGAGAAGGGGCGGGGCCUGGCCAAAUCCAGCCAAUCAGACGCAGAGGAAGUGCUCCAGAGGUGCACACAGCUGACUGAGGAGUGGGAGGAGCUAGAGGACGCGUGCAGCAGGAGGACAGCUCACCUGAGCAAGGCCGUCACCAGAGAACAGCUUCUGUUGGACUGCUCAGAGCUGGAGUCCAGGCUGACUGAGACUCUGACUCUGGUGAACACCGAGGACGACGGCAAAGACCAGCUGGCCACGCAGAGUCUCCUCACCAAACACAAG